AGGUAAGAGCUGGGGAGGGGAGUACAGUUAGGCAUUGUGCUCCUGCUGCAGGUUGAGUAAGAGCAACCUGGCAAUCAGGAAUAAAAGUUCAGUUUAAAUAAAGUUUCAGGAGCUAAAUAGGCUUUAAUGUGACUGAAGUUAUCUUUUAGAUAAUGUAGAGUAUUUUGAGGGAGUUGUUUUUAUCGCAACAGGAGUGAUCGGGUCUGCUCUGCUUAAGCAACCUGCGCUUUUCCUCGGCUUUAAUACAAAGGAGUAUCUGUCCGCUGUGCUGCAGGUGGAUAACUGCGCUCAGCUGUUAAAGAUGGGCGAUAAAUCCACGCAGUGAACGCUGGACCCAACGAAAUGGACCCGAGCUGAUGAGCCGAACUCCCAUUCUGCCCUCACUUGGCCCCUGCUGGUCACGGGUAGAGAUGGCAGCGCGUCUGGAUGUGCCUGGAGUUGUGGUUGGGAGUGUUUUACUGCUAGUGCUGAGCAGUAAUCCUGCGUGCGGGAAUUUCACUACGCUUGCAAGUGACAGCCGUUCUAAUAACACCGCUGGACCCAACAUUGCAGCUAUCGUGGCCCCGACAGUCACCCUGGGUGUUCUGGCGAUAGUCUUGGCUGUUGUUGCCUGGCUCCUCUGCGUGGUGAAAAAGAGGAGACAGACUGAAGGGACGUAUAGACCCAGUGCAGAGGAACAGUCCGGUGCACGCGGCGUGACGGCACCUGAUGCACUAAAGUUACCAAAGGAGGAAAGACUCAUCUGAGAGUUUCUGCUUUUGUGUUUGGACAAAAUCCUGUGAGGACAGUGUGUGACGAGGCUCUCUCCCCUGAGCCGAUCAGAGACAGAAAUGUCUUCCCAGGUGUAAGAGAGGACAGACCGCCAAGACUGAGGCACCACAACAUGAUGCAUUUACUUACAGCUUUCAUUUCAACCUGCACUGACUGGGUCCUGUAUGGCACUAUGAAGAAAUGCACCUGGACGUAUGGAUCUAGCUGAUCUUAAGAACAGUUGAACAUUUCAAGGAGGUUUUGAACAUUUCCUCUGCACGAAUGGAACAGGAGCUUCAGUAUUUUAUCCCGACUAAUAACUAUAGUUUAGAGAUGUUUUCUCAUUUCAGUUGCCUUAAUAUGUCAUUUACUCCACAACGUGAUUUUGAAAUACUGUCACUGGCAAAAUCAACACCAAUCUUUACCUCAAGCUCAUUUCUUUUACUACUGAGAGUCCUGAUGAGUCCACUGCAUUUUAAAUCGAGACAGAUGUUUUUUAGCUGAAUGAGUGUGAUUAAAUAUUUUAUAAUAAUGCAAAAACUCUUGUAUUUAAAAAUUAAAAAUGAAGUUAUACAAAUUAUAUUGAGCAAAAGCAAGAGAUUGUUUACACUUCAAACUAGUUUAAAGUCUUGUCUUUCAUUUCAUGAGAUCAAAAAUGCAGAUAUGUUUUUACAAUGUUGCAUGUUUAUUUAAGCUUUUGUCAAAUAAAAAAUGUGUUCACAAAACAUUCAAACAUUUUAAAGCAUCUCCGAGGACAGUUUAUACAAUGCAUUUAGUUACUGAAGCUAUGAUUAUAUUUCCCCUGCAAUCCCAGUCAAAAUAACACUUUGGUAGGAAAAUAUAAAUGUACCAUAUCUAAAAAAAGGUCUUCACAAAAAUGGGAAAAUGUAAACAAGUUCAUAACUUUGCACGAUGAGUCACUGGAUGAUGAAACACCUUAGCAGAUAAGCAGGACUGGUAGUCAUAGUGAAAAGUUCAUCUCCUACAACAACCUGUGAGAUGUUACCUGUGAACACUGAGGCCUUUGUUAGUCUCCUUGGAAGAAAAGGUUCCCUAUGGUGUAAUGAAAAAUUGCAGAGAGAGUUUAAUCUUUUUUUGUACAGGUAUUUGUAUAAACAGAAAUAUUUGGAAACUAGAGGAAAGCAGGCCAAAAUAAUUUAACAUCGACUUUUACUACAGAAAAUAACACUGUAGUCUAGAUUUGGACUAAUGAAGGGCGUAGAGAGAGUAGAGAGAUUGGGUCCUUCAACAAUGUGUUGGGUGGAGAAUGGGCUCUUAAAUUGCUACCUUGAAAAUAUGCCUGUGUUCAAAGAAGAACCCUCAGUAAAUUAAAACAGUGCCAUUUGCUAUAUAUGCCCUUGAAAAACGCAAACUCAUCUUCGUCAUAUUUAUUUUGUCCUUUUUUGUAAAAUAG